CCCCGGAUGUGGCGGUUGGAGGCGCAUGCGCGGCCGGCGUCCCCGCAGGGAGGCAGGCGAGCGUGAGGGGGGCGGCCAUGUCGUCGCCGCCGCCGCCGUGUGCGGGAGUCCGCUGGAGAAGCCGCAGAUGAUCGCGCACGCGCAGCAGGGCCUGAGCUACACGGUCUUCGAGUGCAAGUGGGUGCCCUGCAGCGCCCGCCUCCUCUGCCUGGGCAGCUUCCCCCGCGGCACCGGCGUCAUCCAGCUCUACGAGCUGCAGGGCGGGCGCCUCUGCCUCCUCCGCGAAAUCGAAAAGUCAAAGCCCUUUAAAUGCGGAACUUUCGGGGCUUCCUCUUUGCAACAAAGAUAUCUAGCGACAGGGGACUUUGGCGGAAACUUAAACAUAUGGAAUCUGGAAGCUCCAGAACUCCCGGUAUACUCCGUGAAGGGACAUCAAGAAAUCAUAAACAGUAUUGAUGGUGUCGGUGGCCUAGGGAUUGGGGAGGGAGCACCAGAAAUUGUGACCGGAAGUCGGGAUGGCACUGUGAAGGUGUGGGACCCAAGACAAAAAGACUUCCCGGUAGCCAAUAUGGAGCCGGCUCAAGGGGAGAGCAAGAGAGACUGCUGGACUGUAGCAUUUGGUAAUGCUUAUAACCAAGAAGAGCGUGUUGUCUGCGCUGGCUACGACAACGGGGACAUUAAGCUGUUUGACCUCAAGAACAUGUCGCUGCGAUGGGAGACCAACAUAAAGAAUGGGGUGUGCAGCGUGGAGUUCGACAGGAAGGAUAUCAAUAUGAACAAGCUGGUAGCGACCUCUCUGGAAGGGAAAUUUCACGUUUUCGACAUGAGAACUCAGCAUUCCAUGAAAGGUUUUGCUUCCGUUUCAGAAAAGGCACACAAAGCCACCGUAUGGCAAGUUCGGCACCUGCCGCAGAACAGGGACAUCUUCGUGACGAGUGGCGGAGCUGGAAACCUUCAUCUUUGGAAGUACGAGUACCCAGCCCAGCGCUCGAAGAAGGAUUCGGAAGGUCGAGAAAUGGGGGUCGCGGGUUCGGUCAGCCUCCUGCAGAACGUGACGCUGUCCACGCAGCCUAUUUCUAGCCUUGACUGGAGCCCGGACAAAAGGGGUCUCUGCGUUUGCAGUUCCUUUGACCAGACGGUGCGCGUCCUCAUCGUCACGAAACUCAACAGGGUUUGACGGGAAGAUUUCUAGCAAAGAAAAACUUCCGCACGCGUUUCCGAGCGAGCCGUUCUUUUCGAAAGGGCAAUGAAAUCUGGGUGCCAGAGAAAGGAAAUGUGAAAACACAGUUGGCCAUGGCCGAGUUUCUUUAAAAAAAAAAUCGUUUGGAGGCGUGGAAUUGAUUUCUGUAAAAUGUGCCUCCAGAUUUUGCUCAGUGAAAUCCGUUUACAGAGUUUGACGCUCUUGGGUUUGGAGUUCGUGGAGUUCUUUACACUUACAGCCUUUUCAUGUUUGUUUGUCCCUUGUUAAAUUUCUCUACGUUCAUUUUUGUGUGCCUCUGUUCCGCAAGAUUAUCCAGUACAUUUGCGGCACCCUUGAAGACAGACCCAAGAAGCUGCAAGUGUGUAUACUUCAGUGCACUGGAUUUGUUAGUAUGUUAGUCUACGUGGUUUGCACUUACUGGCGUAUACAAAAUUUGAAUACUUUUGUUUAACAAAAAUAAACGUUUGAUAUUUGUA